AUGACUGGAAUACGAAAACUUUUAGUGCUCCCAGGGGAUCACAUCGGUCCAGAGAUUAUAGCAGAAGCACUGAAAUCGCUAAAAGUUCUUGAAGAAGAGCGACCCGGUUUCAAAGUACAAUUAAGUUACGGACUCAUCGGAGGCGCAAGCUUAGACAAGACGAAUAACCCAAUUACCGAAGAAGUCCUUGAAGCUGCUCUUGCCAGCGAUGCGAUUCUUCUGGGAUCUGUCGGAGGACCAGAAUGGGCGCAUGUGCCGGGUGCUCUCAGUCCGGAAAAGGGCAUUCUACGUCUGAGACAGCGUCUUGAUGCAUUCGCGAAUAUUAGACCUUGUCGCUUUUGUGCAUCAAGUCUAGUUGAACAGUCAUCGCUUAAAGCUGAUGUGGUCAAGGGUGUCAAUUUCAUUGUGGUACGAGAGAAUUGCGGAGGAGCAUAUUUUGGACACAAGAUCGAAGCUGAAGAUGAAGCAUCGGAUCUAUGGAUUUAUAGGCGAGAUGAGGUUGAGAGAUGUGCUCGCGUAUCAGCAGCUCUUGCGCGGACGAUGGCCGGAGAUGAUAAGAGGCCAGCUAUCGUCUGGAAUGCGGACAAAGCCAACGUAUUGGCAAGUGGUCGAUUUUGGCGAACAGUGACUCAUGACACAUUUCAGCGUGAAUUCCCUGAUAUAGAACUACGCGAUCAACUCGCUGAUAGCGCUGCCAUGAUUAUGGUCAAAGCACCAACAAAAUUGAACGGCGUGAUCCACACCGACAACACAUUUGGAGAUAUCUUGUCUGAUAUAUCUGGGGGCCUCGUCGGAUCACUGGGAGUACUUCCUAGCGCAAGCGUAUGUGGUAUACCUGGCGAAAGACCUGUCAAGGGUGUAUAUGAAGCAGUCCACGCAAAGAUUUUGAUCGAGAAUGGGGCUGAUGUUAAUGCGAAGAAUUCAAUUCUUGAUACGCCUCUUCAUACCACUGUUAACCGCGGACAUUUAAAUAGAGCAAGGGCCUUGAUCGAGAAUGGGGCUGAUAUUAAUGUGAAGAUUAAUCAACAUCUUGGUUCGCCUCUUCAUCUCGCUAUUCAGAGUGAACAUUUGGAUAUAGCAAAGGUUUUAAUCGAGAAUGGGGCUGAUCUUAAUGCGAAGAAUUCGAAUCUUGAUACGCCUCUUCAUCUCGCUAUUCAGAGGGAACAUUUGGAUAUAGCAAAGUUUUUGAUCGAGAGCGGGGCAGAUAUCAAUGUGAAGAAUCGAUAUUUCGGUUCGCCUCUUCAUCUCGCUAUUCAGAAUGGACAUUUGGAUAUAGCAAAGAUUUUGAUUGAGAAUGGGGCAGAUACCAAUGUGAAGAUCAAUCAACAUCUCGGUUCGCUUCUUCAUCUCGCUAUUCAGAAUGAAUAUUUGGAUAUAGCAAAGGUUUUAAUCGAGAAUGGGGCUGAUCUCAAUGUGAAGAAUCAAUAUCUUGAAACGCCUCUUCAUCUCGCUAUUCAGAGGGAACAUUUGAAUAUAGCAAAGUUUUUGAUCGAGAACGGGGCAGAUAUCAAUGUGAAGAAUCGACAUUUCGGUUCGCCCCUUCAUACCGCUGUUAAAUGCAGACUUUUGGAUAUAGCAAAGAUUUUGAUCGAGAAUGGGGCUGAUGUCAAUGCGAAGAAUUCAAUUCUUGAUACGCCUCUUCACAUCGCCGUUGGACGUGGAGAUUUGAAUAUGAUAGCGCUCUUACUCGAGAAAGGGGCCGAUGCAAACAAACCCAGAAGGUCGGGACACACGGCUCUUACUAUGGCUCUACAAAAGCAGUUGCACGGGGUGGUGGAGACUUUGCUACAAGCCGGCGCACUGAUAAGAGAGACUAUUCGGGACCAGGUUUUUUCGGAGCAAAAUGUGUCUCAAGGAAUCACAUUGGAGAUUGUGAUGGAUUGGGAUAUUGCCUAUUUCAUGGAAAACGGGUUGUCUGGGGUCGAGGAUUUUCGCAGGACAGUCACACUUACAGGGUCGGUGCAAAAUGCACAGAUGAUGUCGUGCGAAGAUUAUGUGGCUCAAACCUGGGGUGAUUCGGGGCUCAGAAUUCUUGAUGCCAUGAUUAGAGCCUUGAAAAGCAGAACUGUUGUAACGGAUAUCUUUGAUGACCAACGGGUACGAUUUGUGCUUCACAAGGGGACAAUGAGAAUCGUCGCCGAGGCACCUGAGGGAAAAAUUGUUGACUUGAUGGAACAAAUAGCGUGGUUGGGUUGUGUAUUUGCACGUGAGCAGACGAAAUCCGAACAUGGACCUUUCCUAGCGACUGGAUCUUACUUGAUCUCUCCUAGAUCUGGGACCUAUCAGCUGCGUAUCCAGAGUUAUCCACUCGAAGGGUAUCCAAAUGAGUCAUGCUGGACAAAAAUUUUGCGAAGUGCCAUUCUCGCAGUUGGAUAUCCAGUGCGCGAGCGUCGGGAAGGAUUUGGGCUGGAAAUCCCCUUUCCACUUCUUCUACGCUUUGCGGAUAUAUCCGUAUGUAUGGAAUACGGCGGCGGCACUCUUUUGGUAGGACCAUCAAAUAUUUUGUUCCCUUCGCGAAAAUUGGAAGAUGGCAUCCAGUGGCAUAUCACAGAUGCAACCUCCGCUAAAGAAGCCGCCGAGGUCAUUGAUCAAUCGCUUGACUGGAUUCGCACUGACAACAUUGGUCAGCUCGGCGAGCACAGGGCGUACCUUGGAUAUUGCAGUCGGGCACUGGUACUACUAGGAACUCAUGAGUUAUUAUCGUCUCAAGCUACAAGCGAGCUUUUGAGCUUGCUACCUAAAUCGAAGUCCCGAAUUGAAAUGGCGCACGAAGGUACGAUGAGCGCCGGAUUUUCCAUCCGCGGGAUCUUCAACACGACGGUAGGCGGUAAAUGGACUCUACCACCACGGCUCAAUGUGUCUUUGGAGGAUAACCGUGAUCUUGAAGACUUGCUCAGGGCGGCCAGUCGCCGUCCCAUUUUGGUUUACGAUCAUAACGAAGACCGCGGUUGGCUUGUCCCUGAGCUAAGCUUGGUUUUUCAUAUGGCUUUGACGUAUUUGCAUCAAGCAGAUGUCUAUCAGCGGUACCCGCUCAACGUGCAAGAGGCUCUCCCUUACCUGACUGCCGCAGUUGACGACGGAUUAAAGGUGUAUAAUUUAGUCAAAGACAAUUGGAACCUUGAGCUUUACGAAAAGAUUGAAGAUGGUCAAUUGAAGACUUUUGGCAUGGUGAUUCGCGAUUUCAUAAAAGACCUUCGAAAACUUCGAACAGCAGAAAACAUCCGGCGGAUAGAAAAAGGCUUCAAGUUGCCAUUAUUCUCCAGUCGAACACUACGCGGAUGGGACUUCUCUGAGCUCGCUUUUAAGGCAGAAAAUAUUUUUCAGAGAGAGAUGAAAUGGAAAAAUGGCGGUCCCAAGUGGGCCAUGCUAGGCGACACCCAUGAUAUGCUCGUUAUCCUAGGUAGCUGUCUUGGAGACUUGGUCCGUCCUGACCUUGAAAAAACAAUUGUCACGAGUGGAUGGGAGACUACCCCGAAGGGAGCUGGACUGCUGACGGCGACUAACUCAUGUGUUUUGCAGCUUGCUCAAAAAAGAAUCCUACUCACAGUCAAUGAAAUGACGCCCAAGCAGCCGAGUAAAAAGCUAUUCUGGUACCGCCCGACUGUCCAUCCCGGGUGUAACUGCUACAAUGCCUGUUUGUCCAUACACGAGAUAACUCAAAACGGCACCAAAACAUGCACGAAGACACAGGAUCCUCGAAAACUAGAAUUUCACGGUGCCACCGUGUUUGGUUGCGCGAAUCCUUACCAUAAAUCUUUGGAACGGGGGGCUCGUUAG